AUGAAUGCCGAUCAGCUACAACCUCAGCCUCAGGCAGGUCCAUCGCGUCCGCCUACCCCACCUCCACCUCCAAUAUACUUCCCACCGUUUCCGCCACCCGCUCCGACCCCCGUUUCCGGCACCCAAGACUUAUUAACACGAUAUCAUCUUUUACCCUAUUACGCUCACUACGCAAGACCAUUCCUAACUCCCGUCACCCCCGUAUCGAGCGAUCGAAAACGGAAACGAGAUGCGGGAAAGGAAGUCAAGUUCGUUGGCAUAGUCGAGCCUGUUCGCCCUGACGGUACACCUCGAGGUGGAACACCCGUUGGAUUGGAUAGGAUGGACGUGGAUGAGCCGGAGGGUAAGGGGAAAGAGAGGGAGACGACCGUGAAGAUUGAGGAGCCGGAUGCAGUGACUGGGAAAGGGAAGGACAAGGAAAAAGAACGACCGAAGGACAAGGGAAAGGGAAUGGAGAAGACUGCCACAUCCACAUCGGUGCCCGGCCCGUCAAAUUUGGCCUCUACUCCAGGAGGCAAGAAAAAGAUGAAGCGGGACAAGGACAAGAGCAGCAUGCCGAAAGUGAAACAUGGAUAUCGCCAUUAUCUAUGGGGACGGGUUAAUACGAAGAAGGACCGAUUCCUCCUGAAUCUUAUCCAAGCUCCAGCAAAGCAGCAGUUACAUGUCAAGCCGCUGGAGCAGAAGACGCUCCGUGAUGCUUUCAACCUGAAGGAAGGUGUAUUACCAGAUUACGAUCCUCUGCGAUAUACGGAUUCCCCAUUAAUCAGCGAGAAGAAGAAGCGAAAGCUCGCAGAACGAGCCGCUCGAUUGGCCGCCCGCGAACGUGCAAAGUCAGCUCGUAGCGCCGGUGCUACGGCCGCACCUUCAGCAGUCCCACCAAUGACGUCUAAGGUGGCGUCCACAUCAGCCCACCCAGCCAUAUCAGCGACUGUGCAUGUACCCAUCGGCGGCGGUGUUCCCACACCAGCAACAACCAAUGCUGGCACACCGCCCACGACACCUGGCUCACCCCUACCAGGCACUACUGGCCCUCCGGUCGCCGGACGCAAGCUGAUUGGUAGCAGCGGCUUGAAGAGGGCCCAUGUCCCUGGCUCGCCAUCCCGGGCCUCCCUCACGGCUGGUGGCUCUCCUUUCCCUAAGGUGUCCUCGCCCAUGCCUCAGGUGUCUAGCCCCUUACGCCAGGCCGCUCCCGGAACAUCGACCACUGUUGUGCGACCCAGUGGCCUAGCGACAAGCACAUCACAGCCUCGAACUACCGGUGCCGGACCUGCAAAGCCAGUCGUGCGGCCCUCGGGCGUUGGGGAGAAACGGAAAGAAGCGCCGGGAGAACUGGAGGGAGAGCGCGACCGGCAACGAGCGAAGAAGACCGUUCCCAGUGGUAUCCCUGGUGUGGGGAAAGGAGGGAAGAAGCGCAAGGUGAACGGGGCAACUGCUUGA